AUGACUACCAGCAAGGAUAUGAAUGAAGAAAUUUUUAGGCAAAUGAAGAAAUAUGUAAAACGAUCUGGUGACAGAUAUGAGUUAUUCAAAGAUUGCUUAGAGGAAUGUGAUCAAGAGUGGUUGGUGCACAAGUUAGGAGAAGCAGAGGAUGACCACAUAAAAAAAUAUUUAGAAAAUCAGGACAAAAAGUGUUCAAGCCAGACUGUUUCAUCAGAACAUGCAGAGGAAGUUGAAAAGAAUUAUUAUAAUGACACUGAUGAAGAUGGGAGAAGUGGAGACAGUGUUAAUAGUCAGACAAAUUCUGAAGACAAAGAUAUUCAGAGGAGUAGUGAAAAUAAUAGUGACCAGAGUGAAUCUGAACUUUAACAGAUCAAAUAAAAGCCCAAAUGCAAAUAAUAUUGGUAUAUUGACUGGAGAUUAGUUUAUACUAAUUUGUUUUUAGCUCGAUUGUGAUAAAUGCUUCAAGCUUAUUGGAUGCACUCACGAGUCAGCUUCCUGGAAAAACCAGUACUGGUGUCAUAUGAGAAGUUGUAGUUGUGACCCCAGUGGGGCUCAAAUCCAUGACCCCUGGAUUGAGCGGCCAAUACCUUAUCCACUAGACCACCGCUCCUCUUAGAGGAGAUGAUUGUUUUAAUUAUCAGUCAAGCUUUUUAAGAGAUUGAACAAAAUUUGUUAUUAUGCCCCCCUUCGAAGAAGGAGGGGUAUAUUGUUUUGCAGAUGUCGGUCGGUCUGUCGGUCGGAAUGUAGACCAAUCCGUUUCCGGAUGAUAACUCAAGAAUUCUUGGGCCUAGGAUCAUGAAAC